AUGGCUAGAGUACAAAAGAGACCCUCUACCUCGUCCGACAACAAGGAAAUAUCACAUCCGUUCCGAGACUCGUCCUCGCAAAGCUACAAACUAGGGGCCCGUUCCUGUCGAGGCUGUCACCAGCGGAAGAUCCGCUGUGACCGUGGGCUACCCUGCAGCAACUGUUCAAGAUGUGGCAUUACUUGCGUGUAUCCCACCAAGGACACGGACGUGGCCCGGAAAGGUCCCACUCUGCAAAAUAUAUCCAACCGCCUGGAACGAUUGGAAGUUUUGCUUUCACGUUUUGCUGAGAGCAGCCAACUCACUACAGCAUCUGCACUGGGUAGUGGUGGUAGUAGUGGCGUGCCUCAGCCCCAGAUUCAGGUUCAAUCUAGUGCAAAUGCCAAUGCGAUUGGAACUGCAAUCCGAACUCCAUCCAACCAACGCUCUUGCGAGUCAACAUGGGAACUAUUGUUGAAUGAAGAACGAGUUGCUCGGUACGCCAGUAAUUCGAAUAUCGAUAUUCCACCGCGAGAUGAAGAGACCGCUAAAAUUGCUCAAUCCACGGGUUCACAAACGACGCCUUCGCAUCUACAGCACAGUACAAAAUCUCACAACACACUUCCUAGGCAGCCAGAUACUUGUGCUCCUCUAGAAAUGGGUUCAGACGUGCUGGACUUCUAUCCUGAUACACAACUUGCCCUUCAGUUAUGGAAUGUGUAUGUUAAGUCGGUUGAUCCGGUUCUUAAAAUAUUGCAUAUACCAACUGUCCAGUCCACUGUCGUUGCAACUAUUCUGGACCCCUCAUCUGCACAAUCUUCAACAGUCGCGUUGACAUUUGCCAUCUACUUUGCCGCUAUCACGGCCCUAUGCCACGAUGACAACGCGGAAUCAAUUGAGCUGCCCUGUGAGAAACUGGAGAUCUUGAAACGCUAUAAGAUAUGCUUGGACCGACUCCUCAUAGCAACCGAUCUUAUGAAUCGACCUGAUAUGCCAGCAUUACAGGCCCUUGCAAUUUAUGUGACCUGUUUACGGGUGCAUGAAGUUGGCCGCAGUGUAUGGGUCCUCAAUGGGCUGGCGAUCCGGCUUGCCCAGUCGAUUGGCCUACACCGAGACGGUGCCUGCUUUCAACUAAGCCCCUUCGAGACAGAAAUGCGCCUUCGUCUCUGGUGGCAUUUAUGUGUUCUUGACUCCCGUGCCCCUGAGGAUCAAGGAUUUCAACCCACGGUAGAUGUCAUGAACCGAGACCUAAGGCUUCCUCUGAAUGUGAAUGACAAUCAAAUUUACCCAGGCAUGACGCGCUUUCCUGUGGAGUCGGAUGGCUGGACUGAAAUGUCUUUCUUUCUUAUUCAAACUGAAUCGUGCCGACUACUGCAUCCGAUUCUAGAGCUCCAAGAGCAAAACUCCACAGGUGCCUUUCUCAGUAACACCAUAGAGAAACGAAAGAUUAUGGAGGAGCAUGGCCAGUAUUUAUCAGCUAAAUACGGCAUUUUAUCUGGCUCUGGACCACCCAAUGAUCUGUCACGCAUUGCUAUCCAGCAUAUCACUACCGCCGGUAAGAAGAUGGAGUUCGUGUUGCAACUACGAGAGGAGAUCGGCAUGCGAAAGCAAAAAGAGGGUCAGGAGGAUGCGACUCCUGACGUGCUCAAGCUGUCUUUCAAGUUGGCAUGUGAUGGUUUAGAAAGUAGCUAUGUGCUGUUGAAGGAGGAUCUUGCCUCCAGAUUCAGGUGGUUUUUCAACAUGUACACACAAUGGUACGCCCUCGCCUACGUUCUGCGCUGUCUUUGUAGCAGUAGCAUUCCAGGUGGGUUUGAGACCGAACGUGCCUGGGCUUUGGUUGAAGAGCUCUUUCCUCGCAGAAUGAGCCUUCAUGAUCAUUCGGCGGGGAUGCAUGAUGACUAUACGUACGGUGGUAUUUGGGGAUGCCUCAAUCAGCUUCGAUAUCAAGCUUUAUCGUUGAGGCAACACGCACAACUAUCCGUGGCCACUUCAGAAGCUGGGAUGCAUUCGGCCAGCCGUGGUGGAGAUCGUACUGCCCAACUUCUUCCAGAUACAGAGAUCCAGCCGGCCCCUAGCACGACAGCAACAGCUCAUGGAAUAUCUAAUCUUCCCGAAAUAGGUCAAGAGUUAAUUGCUGAUUCCAAUCAAAACAUCUUUUCGUCUCUGGAUAUGACAAUGCCAGAGAUACCGUUUUUGCCGGACUGGAAUGCCGUCAUCAAUGGCUGUUUGAACGAUGAUGGUCACGAGAUGAAUACAUCUUAUUUCUCCAAUAAUACUGUUGAUGCCGCACAAUAUUAGAGCGAUGUGAAAUGGUAAUAGGAUCAGCGAUUUUUUGUACGGUUAUUAGACUCAUAACAGACCUAACUGGCUGUCCAGGGAGUCGAUGCCAGAAGCAGAGAUGAGGGAGCUAAAACCUCUGGUGAUGCUCGUCACAAUCGGAGACACUUUCCCAAAUGGCAACCCUGCUACUAACACCGACUUGUUGGAUGACGUUGCUGCUAGUGGUCUCUCUGUGUGGGAUUGACUCAGUACAUCUAUCAGAGAUAUAGCUGUGCUAUCCAAGGCCCCACCUUGUGCAAUGCGAAGCAGAGCUUGAUAUAGCAGUGAGUAACGGGUUCUUGCAAAAGAACGCACAAUAAUCGCUUCGCAACGAUGGAGUUAAUGUCCACUGGAUAUAGUUAGACCGUUGCUAUGUUUGCUAGUAAAG